GGCUGUCUGCUGCCUCCAGCUACAAGAGUGGACCAGCCUCUUUAUCCCAACUUCACUUGUCACGAGUAGGCAAACAAACGAUGUCCCCUACAGUAAGCUGCGUCCCCGACUGCCUGCGCAGGUCCAAGGAUGCAGUGACGCUCCGCAGGUUUCCUCCAACAGUGCCAGCGAAUGAAGUUGGUGACGCUUCAGGAGACCUCCGAGAAAAAUUCCCUCGAAAACCAGCGACUGUUACCGGAGGAGAAGCGUCCUCAGUGAAACACCCCAAACACAGGUGCGAGCAGUCCGGACAGCGGGGCAGGCGCAGAAUGAAGGCGAACGACAGAGAGCGCCACCGCAUGCACAACCUGAACUCCGCUCUGGACGCACUGAGGAGCAUCCUGCCGGCGCUGCCCGAAGACGCAAAGCUAACUAAGAUCGAGACGCUGCGAUUUGCUCGCAACUACAUCUGGGCUCUUACCGAGACUCUUCGAAUGGCAGACCAACCAGCACACACUCAGGACUACCUGGCGUCAGAUCUGAGCAGUCCGGCAAGUGUUUUAUCUGCUGAGUGGGACUCAGCAUCACCUUCAGAAUCUGGUUAUAGGACCUCAGCCGACUUUAGCCAUGGAAACUCAUUCGCUUCUGUUAAUGAGAUGAGCUGCAGGAUCUUCACAGGAGAGAGAUCCAGUGCCGCCCCCGUUACUUUUUGUUUUAAGUCCCUUCGUGCCAACAAUGACUUCAGAAACACGUGGCGCUUUUGACAGGCUAUACCCCUCCAGUUACAUAAAGAAGAAAUUUGGGUCACAGCAGCAAAUCAGUUUCCUGUCGUCGGAGUUUAUUCUUUAAAAGCUCUCCAAGUAGGUUAAAAAUACUUUCUGAAGGCACAGCUGUAACGUGAAUCACUCUGAAAGUAUUUUAAUGAUCCUAUUUAACCCUCAAUAUCUACAGUCUUACAAUCAUGGUGUCACUUAAAAAAAAAAGAAAAAGCAACAAAGCACAAUCAAUAAUCCAGGAAGACAGGCGAGAACUUGUUUAAGCUAAAAAUGUUUAUU